GUGGAGGUUGGAGAUGGAAUAGAAACGGCGGUAGAAUCCGCAAUUAUUCAAUUGCCUCCUCGAAUCGUCGUUCCGUGGCGUUGAGCCUCUUCUUCAUCUGUCUUCUCUUUGACUCACGGACGUUUUCAACCGAGUAAAAACGCGAGAGACAGAAGAUAGGACGAUAAGAGACAAGAGAGACAAGAGAGACGGGAAGACCACCUCGUCUGUCUCUUUUAAAAGCAAACAAAAAAAGUCUCGCGAAUUUUUUUCAUAAACAUCUAGAGAGACCAAAAGAGAGAAAGAGAGAAAUAAAUAAAUAAAUAUAUAUAUAUAUUUAAACACGGUGUACCUAUAUACGAACGAUUAAUGUAAAAAGGAAAAAUCGUUGGAGAGAAAUUCGUCGAUCUAAUAUCGUGAAUGCUUGGAGAACGUUUGGAGAAUAUCAUCCGAAGGAAGAUAUGGACGGCUCGAUGGAACCAAGAACGUUCGACCUGGUCGAUUGCAUCGUUUUCAUUGGGAUGCUAGGUGUUUCCGCGGUAGUUGGGAUCUAUCAAGCUUACAGAUCUCGAAAGAAUCCGGAUGCUGUGCGAGAGUACCUUGUUGGAAGUCAAAACAUGUCUAUAUUUCCUAUAAGCAUGUCUUUAAUAGCCAGUUACAUUUCCGGCAUCUCGAUGCUCGGAUUACCCGCAGAGAUGUACGUUUACGGGACCCAACUAUGGACCAUCAUUAUUGCCGAUUGCUUCGUUUCCCUUACUAUGACCAUAGUUUAUUUGCCGGUCUUUUACGGACUUCAAAUUACCUCGUCGUACGAGUAUCUAGAGCUGAGAUUCAAUCGUAUGGUCAGACUCAUGGGAUCGAUCAUAUUCAUUAUCAAAAUGCUACUUUACAUACCAUUGGUGAUAUACGUGCCGGCGCUAGCGUUCAAUCAAGUAACUGGUAUAAAUCUUCACAUGAUAGCUCUUCUGGUCAGCAUCGUCUGCAUUUUCUACACGACGUUGGGUGGUCUCAAGGCCGUCGUUUGGACCGAUACUAUUCAAAUGAUGGUCAUGUUCGGUAGCGUGAUUACUGUUGUCGUAUUGGGUACCAACAAAGUAGGUGGAGUAUCCGAAGUUUGGCGAAGAAACGUCGAGACAGGAAGAAUAGAGUUCUUCAACAUGGACCCGGAUCCAACUAUUAGGCACACCUUUUGGACCGUCGUUGUUGGUAAUUACUUAAAUUGGCUGGCCACUUGUUCGGUUAAUCAAGCGAUGGUGCAGAGGUGUCUGGCUAUGCCGAACUUGAAAAAAUCCAAUAUAACAAUCAUGAUAAUGGCCGUCGGUAUAGUUACCAUCGUUUCCCUAUGCUGUUACACUGGCAUCGUUAUUUUCGCUGCUUUCUACAAAUGCGAUCCGGUAACAACAAAGCAAAUACGGAAACCCGAUCAGUUGUUGCCGUACUUUGUAAUGGAGAUAGCACGAUCGAUACCUGGUUUACCGGGUCUCUUUGUCUCUGGAGUUUUCAGCGCUGCUCUCAGCACUAUGUCUACUGGUUUGAACUCAAUGUCCGGCGUUAUCUACGAAGAUAUAAUAAAGCCAUGCUUGAGAAAACCAAUCUCGAAUGUUGGUGCCAGUCGGAUAAUGAAAGUGAUCGUAGUCCUAAUGGGUAUCAUUUGCGUUGGAUUGGUUUUCUUGGUUGAAAAACUCAGCAGUUUGAUUCAAGCUGGUAAAAGUUUAUCCGGAAUAACAGCUGGUCCACUUUUAGGGAUAUUCACGCUUGGCAUGUUUUUUCCAUUUGCGAAUUCUGCGGGUGCUCUAACCGGUGGUAUCAUCAGUUUGAAUCUCGUUGCCUGGAUAUCCUUUGGCACGCAAGCUGCCAUUUCGAGCGGUAAAAUUACUUUCCCGGUAAAACCAGUAUCCGUCGAUGGGUGCAUCGAAACAUUGAAAGAUACAGCCAGAAAUUUGACGAACAUCGUUGAAGACACAAUAAGAGAGCAACCAUUUUUUCUAUAUCGGAUGUCAUAUCUAUGGUACACAUGGGUUGGAUUUCUCACAGCGAUUUUCAUCGGGAUUAUUGUCUCGUGGAUCACUGGCCCGAAUAAAUACAAAGUGGGGGAUAUAAAGUUAUACACGCCGAUCAUACACGGUUUCUUACGUUCUAAAAUUUCAAGGGAAACGAACAAGAUGGAACUUUCAAGGAGGAGAGCAGAAAGGAAAAAUCUACAUCACUCUUCGGGAUAUUAGCGAAUACUAUAUAUUCUAAAUUACAUAUUAAUAAGUUCAGACUGUGAUUCCUUAGUAAUCGCGAUAUUUAUUAUCGCUCAAAAAAAAGACCCGAUUUGUCACUCUUUCUCUCUUUCUUUCUCGGAGAGGGAGAAAAAGAGAGAGAGAGAGAGAGAGAGAGAGAGAGAGAGAGAGAGAGAGAGAGAGAGAGAGAGAGAGAGAGAGAGAGAGAGAGCGAGAGAGAGAGAGAGAGAGGUCAUGACUUUCUCGUCGAAGUAUAUCGAGUGAACUCUUAAUUCGAAAGCUAGGCCGAAAAUUGAAAAAUAAUUAAUAUUAUUAGAUUACAGAAUAAUCAAUGAGAUUAGGCAGUGAUUAUCUAUCGUUCGUUCGUUCGUUCGUUCGUUUGUCAUUCAUUCCUAUGUAUGUAUUUUCUGAACGAACCGAAGUAAAUAAUAAACAAGAUUUGUUUUAUCGAU